AUGAUUUUUUAAAGCACAUAUUAAUUAAAGUCAGAAAAGAAACAAAAAGAGCAAAAGUAAAUCUAACAAUCAAUUAAAAGAAUUAAAUAAAUGAUGUAAUAAUUUGUUCAAGCAGGAAAAUAGUAAUCAAAUAUUUUCAAAUAAAAAGCUGCAUUUAGAUAUUCAUAUUUGAAAGAGUUAGUAAGAAAUUAAAUUAAUGAUAGAAAUGUAUACAAAAGAGAAUAUAAUUGAGAUAAUAAUUCAUAUCGUUUUAAAAGAGGAAGGUUGUUUUAUAAAUUAUAAAAAUCAUCUUAAACAAAGAACAAAUAGAAAAUAACUAAAAGUUAAAAAAAUGUUCAACUGAUAAUUAAAAUGCUUUAAAUUUGAAUAUGUUAUAACUAUUUUAAAAUAGUUAAAGAUAUGUUGAUUACAUAAUUGAAUAAUUGGAGAAAAUUGAUAAAAAUGAUUUGAUUCAAAAUAUUUUAGUAAGAACAUUCUUAAAAUGUAAUUAGGAAAUUGAAAAAAAUCAUGAAAAUUCCUCAGAAUUAGUAAAUAUUGGGAUAAUUUGGUCGAAACUAAAAUAAUAUUAUGAUAAUGCAAUUUAAAAAAAUAUUGAAGAUUUUAGAGCAUUUUUUAAUAAAGGUAAAUUUGAAUAAAUAGAAAAAUAAAGCAAAUGUAUUCUUAAGGAAAAACAGAUUUGAAGAAGCAUUGUUGAAUUAUGAUAAAGCAAUUUAAAUAAAUCCUGAAUAUGAUGAAACAUAUAUAAAUAAAGGUAAAUUUUAAUUAAUAUUAAAAUAAAGCAAGUGCAUUAGAAAGCUUAAACAGAUUUGAAGAAGCAUUAUAAUGUUGUGAUAAUGUAAUUUAAAAAAAUCCAGAAAAUUUUAGGGUAUUCGUUUAAAAAGGUAAAUUUGAGUUAAUAUUAAGCAAAUAUACUAUAAAAUUUAAAGAGAUUUGAAGAAGCAUUAUUAAAUUAUGAUUAUGCAAUUUUAAAAAAUCCUAAAUAUGCUUAAACAUAUUUAAAUAAAGGUAAAUUUGAUUACUAAAAAGCAAUUGCAUUAUAAAGCUUAAACAGAUUUGAGGAAGCUUUAUAAUAUUAUGACUAAGCAAUUUAAUUAAAUUCUGAAGAUUUUAAAACAUAUUUUAAUAAAGGUAAAUUCGAAUUAAUAUUAAAAUAAAGCAAAUGCAUUAUAAAGCUUAAACAGAUUUGAGGAAGCUUUAUAAUAUUAUGAUUAAGCAAUUUAAAAAAAUCCUGAAGAUUUUUGGGCACAUGUUAAUAAAGGUAAAUUUAAAUUGUUAAAAUAAAGCAAAUGCAUUCUUAAGAUUAAACAGAUUUGAAGAAGCAAUAUAAAAUUAUGAUUAUGCAAUUUUAAAAAAUCCUGAAGAUUUUAAUGGAUAUUUUAAUAAAGGUAAAUUUAAAUUAAUAUUCAAAUAAAGCAAGUGCAUUAUAUGGCUUAAACAGAUUUGAAGAAGCAAUAUAAAAUUAUGAUUUGGCAAUUUAACAAAAUCCUGAAGAUUUUAGGGCAUUUUUUCAUAAAGGUAAAUUUGAAUUAAUAUAUAUCAAUUAAAGCAAACGCAUUAUACAGCUUAAACAGAUUUGUAGAAGCAUUAGAAUAUUAUGAUAAUUCCUUGUAAAUAAAUCCUGAAUAUGCUGACACAUAUACAAAAAAAGGUAACUUUGAAUUAAUCUUUUAUUAAAGCAAUUACAUUAUAAAAAUUAAACAGAUAUCUAGAAGCAUUAAAAUAUUAUGAUUUAGCAAUUGAAAAAAAUUCUGAAGAUGGUUUUAUUUAUAAUAAUAAAGGUAAAUUUGAUUAAUAGUAUAAUAAAGCAAAUGCAUUAGAAAGCUUAAACAAAUUGGAAGAAGCAAUAAAAUUAUGUGAUUACGUAAUUUUAAACUGUCCAGAAAAUUUUAUGGCAUUUUUUAUUAAAGGUAAAUUUGAGCUAAAUUCUAAUAAAGCAUAUGCAUUAGAAAGCUUAUAUAGAUUUGAAGAAGCACUAGAAUAUUAUGAUUAUGCAAUUUAAAAAAAUUCUGAAGAUUUUAGGGCAUUUCUUCAUAAAGGUAGAUUUACAUUUAUAAUUAAGCAAAUACAUUAUAAAGUUUAAACAAAUUUGAAGAAGCAUUAAAAUAUUAUGAUUAAGCAAUUUAAAAAAAUCCUGAAGAUGCUUUAAUUUAUAAUAACAAGGGUAAAUUUGAAUUAAUAUAAUAAUAAAGCAUAGGCAUUAGAAAGCUUAAACAGAUUUGAAGAAGCAAUAUAAAAUUAUGAUUAUUCAAUUAAAAAAAAUCCUGAAGAUCCUCUUACAUAUUUUAAUAAAGGUAAAUUUUAAAUAAAUUAAAUAAAGCAAAUGCAUUAUAAAGCUUAAACAGAUUUUAAGAAGCAUUAGAAUAUUAUGAUUAUGCAAUUUAAAAAAAUCCUGAAGACUUUAGGGCAUUUCUUAAUAAAGGUAGAAUUAAAUUUAUAUUAAGCAAAUACAUUAUUAAGCUUAAACAGAUUUGAAGAAGCAAUAUAAAAUUAUGAUUAUGCAAUAUAAAAAAAUCCUGAAGAUUUUAUGGCGUUUCUUAAUAAAGGUAUAUUUAAAUUAUUCAAAUAAAGGAAUUGCAUUAAAAAGCUUAAACAGAUUUGAAGAAGCAUUAGAAUACUAUGAUUAUGCAAUUUAAAAAAAUCCUGAAGAUUUUAAAUCAUUUUUCAAUAAAGGUAACGUUAAAUUAAGAUUUAAAAAAAGCAAUUGCAUUGUAAAGCUUAAACAGAUUUGAAGAAGCAAUAUAAAAUUAUGAUUAUGCAAUUUAAAAAAAUCCUGAAGAUUUUAACGCCUAUUUUAACAAAGGUAAAUUUGAAGUAAUAUUAAAAAUCAAGCAAAUACAUUAUAAAGCUUAAAAAGAUUUGAAGAAUCAUUAGAAUUUUAUGAUUAUGCAAUUUAAAUUAAUCCUAAAUAUUCUGAAACAUAUAUAAAUAGAGGUAAAUUUGAAUAAAUUAAAAUAAAGGAAUUUCGUUAUAAAACUUAAACAGAUUUGAAUAAUCACUAUAAUAUUGCGAUUUUGCAAUUUAAAAAAAUCCCAAAAAUGUUAGGGCAUAUUUUAAUAAAGGUAAACUUAUAUUUAAAUCAAGCAAUUGCAUUAUAAAGCUUAAACAGAUUUGAAGAAGCAUUAAAAUAUUAUGAUUAUGCAACUUAAUUAAACCCUGCUAAUGCUCAUAUAUAUAUUCAGAAAGGUAAAUUGAUUACAUAUUUAGCAAAUACAUUAAAAAAAUUAAAUCGAUUCAAAGAAGCUUUCUAAUUAUUUUAAGAGACUAAAACCAAAUAUUUAAAAAGUUGA